UGCCAGUGCUAUUUCUACUGGUGGCCAUGGGUCUAGCUUUGCGCAGUGAGCCGAGGCACGCAACUUGUGACAAUGAGCAAAGAUAUGAGAAUCAGGUUAUGUGCGCGGGCGUGCAAUUCGGCUAUCGAGCGCCCUAUCCGGACAACUGCAGCUUGGUCCUGGUUUGCGAUUGUCUAUACCCCACUGUGCAGAUCUGUCCAGCGGACUUGUGGUGGGAUAACAAGACACAGAACUGUAACUGGCCGCAGGAAACGGAGUGUAUUUACUACACCAUCGAGACAACAACCGGCUUGUAUGAUCCAACUACACCCACAAUAGAUGGCACUUGGCCCACAUCUAGCUAUGAUCCACCACCGCCACCACCGGGCAUUGCGAAAUCAUUCUGUAAGAACUUUCCGGAUGGUUCGGUGCAUCGAUAUCCAUACGAUUGCAAUGCUUAUAUCAAUUGUACGCUUGGCUGGCCAGUAUUGAAUUAUUGUGACCAUGAUAAGGUCUUCAAUCAGUGGCUGCUCAUUUGCGAUACGCCAGAGACCGCUGAGUGUGAGCCACUGCCUUUGCCGCCCUCGACAACAACCCAAGAGCCAAUAACAACACCAGCAACCACUGAAAAGCCAACAACAGCACCACCAACAACAACUACAGUGGAGCCCACAACAACUACAGCCGCGCCAACAACAACAACCGUCGAGCCAACAACAACUACAGUGGAGCCCACAACAACUACAACCGCGCCAACAACAACAACCGUCGAGCCAACAACAACUACAGCCGCGCCAACAACAACUACAGUUGAGCCAACUUCAACAACUGAAGAUGGACAGUGUGGCCCGCCACCUCUUGGCAUUGAUGAGGAUUACUGCUUUGAUUUAGGAAACGGCUUCUAUGAAUAUCCCUACGAUUGCAGUGCGUACAUUACCUGUCGCAAUGGCUGCACGAAUAUGGCUUAUUGCAUACCCGACAAGCUCUUCAACUCGCUGUGGCACAUAUGUGAUACGCCCAAUUCGGUCAACUGUCAACCUGUGGCAUAUCCGACAACGACAACGCCUGGAACCACCGAUGACACCAGCAGUUCGAGCAGUGGUGCGGAGACAAGCACAACGCCAGUGCCAACGGAUACCAGCACCACCACAGUUGCAACUACAACAACACCUGCAUUGCCACCAGAUGUAAAUCCCGAUCUAUGUAAGGGCUUGCCUGAUUACACACGCUUUCCCUAUGCCGCCGACUGCUCUCAGUUCCUGCAAUGCAGGGACAAUCAGGUGAUUUUGGGUCAGUGUGCUCCUUCGCUGCUCUUCAAUCCCGAUUUCUUGAUAUGUGAUAAUGCCGAUGAUGUGAUAUGUUACGAAGAUCGCACCACCAGCACCAGCACUGAAGCGCCUACUACAACAACUAGCAGCACGACGGUAACAACGACGCCUGCGACAACACCUGGGCCAGCUGAUCUGUGCGCCAAUGAGCCCAUGGGAACUUCAUAUCCGUAUGUGCAGAAUUGCGAAUAUUAUAUUCUAUGCUUGGGUGAUGGCGAAUACUAUGUUGCCAGAUGCAUUUCGAAUACGUACUUUGAUCCAAAAACGGGUAAUUGUGGGGCAAAUGUAUCGCCGACAGCUUGCAGGGAGCAGGAUACAGCCACAACCACAACCGAGGCAACAACAACGACAAAGACGACAACGGAAGUUGUCAGCACCAUUUCAACACCUACCACUAGUGUGGCAACAACGACAACCGUGGCACCCGUGCGACCGGGCGGCAUAUGUGGCACUAAGGAUGAGGGCGAAAUGAUUGCCUAUCCGAACGAUUGCAGCAAGUAUAUUGUCUGUGUGUCGCCGAUUCCGGUUGGUUUCUACUGCACGGCCGGCUCCUACUUCAGUGCCAAACAGCAGCAGUGUGUGAGCUGGGAGGACAGCGAUUGCGACAAAGACACGGCCACAACACCUGGCCACACCCAGGCACCCUUGGAGCCGACCAUGUGUACGAACAGCACUCGCGAGACGUUCCCCUACCCGGAGAACUGCCAGUGGUUCAUACGCUGUGUCGACGAUUACAUCUACAUGAUGGAUGUGUGCAACUGCGGCGAAUACUACGAUCCGAUAAGCGGCAAAUGCGGUGCUGACGUGCCAUCGGAUGCCUGUCGCUGGGACUACACAUCCACAACAACAGCAACGACAACUGAGGCAACGCCAGAGCCCACACCUCCCGUAACACGUCCACCACCACAAAAGGGUCCAUGUGAUGAUGCAGCCGAUGGCGAACUAGUGCCCUAUCCCAACGACUGCUCCAAGUACAUCAAAUGCGAUCGUCCAAUAGCCGCCGCAUACGACUGCGAUGAAGGCGAUGAGUUUAGUCCAGAGUUACGUAAAUGUAUGGAGGCUUCGCUGGCCAAUUGCCACGUUGGUACAACGGCGAACCCCGCAGAACCAACGACACCUAGUUGGCCAGGCUCAACAACAGCCAGUGACCAGACAACCGACUCAACCACGAGUCCGGGCUCGUCCAUAACUCCUGAGCCUUCCACAACUGUUGAGCCAUCUACAACUCCUGAGACUUCCACAACUCCUAAGCCUUCCUCAACUCCGGAGAUUUCCACAACCUCGGAGGCAUCCACCACUCCCAGCCCAUCCACAACCUCCCAGUCUUCCACUACUAGCGAACCUUCCACAACUACUGAGCCUUCCACAACACCGAACACAUCAACAAGCGAGCCCAGCACAAGCCCUGAAUCAACAACAACUGAACAGACGACCACGCCAGCGCCUUCAGGCGGCAUUUGCGGCGGUAAACCAAAUGGAACCCUUGUGCCAUAUCCAAACAAUUGUGGCAAAUAUAUUGUAUGCCAAGAGCCCAUACCCGUGGGCUAUGAUUGUCCUGAAGGUCUGGAGUUUAGCCCCACACAGUUGGAGUGUAUGGAUCCCGAGUUGGCCAACUGUAUACCAAAACCAACCACGGCAACAACGACAUCUUCCCCAAGCACUACGCCUUUCACAACGAAACCCACAACUUACACUACUCCAGAUACCACGCUGUCUACGCCUACCACUCCUGACGUUCCAUGUAAUACUUCUCCCGACACUUCCAGUACAGUAACAGAUACUACUACUCCGAAUACUCCGGAGACCUCAACAACAGUGACGGAUUCUACAACUCCGACUACUACUACUACAGACGUUCCGUGUAAUACUUCUCCCGACACUUCCAGUACAGUAACAGCUAGUACUACUCCGAAUACUCCGGAAACUUCCAGCACAGUAAUCGAUACUACAAGUCCAAUGACAACUGAGACGCCGCCAAGCACAACAGUUGCAACAACGCAGAGGACAACUUCAGGACCAACAACAAUACAUCCCGAUACGCCCAACAUAUGCUGCGGUCACCCGCUAGGCACAGUUUUGCCAUAUCCGAACGAUUGCAAUCGUUAUGUUGUCUGUGACUAUCCCAUACCCUAUGCUGUGGUCUGUGGGGAGGGCACACUGUUCGAUGCAGAGUAUCUGCAAUGCACAGCCAACGAAAAUGUAAAUUGUAUAUGA